AGGAUAAAUGUUUUGUUUUAACUUAGCUGCACUACAGUAUACAUUACAGUAUACAACUGUUUUAGUAUGAAGAGAUUGCUAAGGGUUUGCCUGCUGUACUGAUUAAAUGUAAGCUAAAAGUGGAGCAAACACUAGCUAGCAAACAAUCAUAGUAUUUCAUUAUGGAGUAGGCUUAGCCUCAUUUGGAAACUCGCGAUCUCCACUAUAGGCUACAGCUCCGAAGCGGGGUCCCUUGUUAACAAACUAAAUUCAAUUGAUGACAAACUAAAUACUAUAAAUUCUUGACAAAGUGUAUUCAAGCCGAUUUUAAAAAAGAACUUUCCACACCAACUUUCAACAUCUGUAGGAUAGGAAAAAUUGCUAUCAUUAUUUGGAAUUCAUGUUUUUGAAUAGGUGAAUGUCGCUUAUUGAGGCCGGGAAAAUCCGGGAGUGAGCUGGGACCUCGCUUUGGAGCUAAGAUAACAGGCUGAGCCGUGGAAGAGAGUCUGCAAAAUGAAGGUCUCUCACCCUCCGCUGAUGGCACUCGCGCUGGUCCUCGUUAUUCCCCAUGGCAUUUUGUCCAGCGAAUGCCCAAAGGGAUGCUCUUGUUCCACGCCGGAAUCCAUCUUGUGUUUCCAGAGACGAUCGGCCAACUUUCCUCAGGGAGUGCCGCCCUCGACGAGGAGCCUCUACCUUUUUGCCAAUGGCAUUGAGAGCUUGGCAUCAAAGGACUUUGAAGAUCUGAAGAGCUUGGAAAUGCUGGACCUCAGUCAGAAUAAACUGACAGAACUUUCUGAUGGGGUCUUCCUACCGCUCACUUCUUUGAAGAACUUGGACUUAUCGUCUAACCAAAUAACCUAUAUUUCUGAGCAAUGCUUCCAAGAUAUGGUCCUGCUUGAGCGUCUUUAUUUGUACAGCAACCAUAUCAAGAGCAUACAUCCCGCUGCGUUUAAAGGCUUAGAGAACCUACUAGAACUCAAAUUGCAGGGCAACAGGCUGACGUCUUUGCCGGAUCUCGCAAUGCCUCGACUGCUGCUGCUGGAUCUUCGUUUCAAUGUCCUACCUACAUUGGGCCCAUCAGACCUCCAAACCCCAAAUCUCGAGUCCCUCAAACUAGGUGGUGUGGGACUAACAGACCUUAAUUCGGAGCUGAUUGGUAGUCUUAAGAACCUUCAUGAACUGGAUGUUUCAAAAAACCAACUGCAAGUUUUGCCAUCAAUCCUAAAAGAAAUUAGCGGUCUGAUUCACCUGAACCUGGCUGGCAACCCCAUGGGUCCUCUUAAAUUUCAGGACCUGAAAAACCUACAAGAGCUGAAGGAGUUGGACAUUAGCAGCCUAAGUCUGCAAGGCCUCCCGGAGGAGUUUGCACAGCUAUUUCCUCACCUUCGAAAGCUGACCGCGGCAGAAAACCCCUUCAACUGCCUUUGUACUUUAGCCUGGCUCCCGAGCUGGCUGCGAGCCCAAAGCAUCACCCUGGAGAGAACGGAGGAGACCCGCUGCCAUUUCCCUCCGAUCAAUGCUGGCAAAGUUUUGGAAAGACUGGAGCAUCGGGAUUUCGGCUGCCCUACCACGACUACACAAACUACAACCACGCUUAGAACUACAACUGCGCUGCCUGUCACGACUACAGAGAGCACUACUACGCCUGCCCCAGACCUCAAUGAUCAUGAUGACGGGACUAAAGACGCCGAUUACCCCGUGCCGCCGGUUCCUGCUUCACCAAGCAGCAGCAGUAGCGUGGACUCUGACAAAGAAAAGCACUUUUGCCCGUCUCACACCUGCCUCAAUGGCGGCACUUGUCAUCUGGACCGGUAUGGUCAAGUGGAGUGUACCUGUCCACGCGGAACCACUGGAUUCUAUUGUGAAAUUCAAAAUAACAAUCCCCAAUCGCCACCUGAACACAACAUCCCUGUGACGACGGUCACCCCGAACCCCCCGGAUAUCAGUUCUCGUCACGCGACCUCUACAUCGAUCCUAUUGGAUCUCCACCGCUACAUUGAAAUGCGACCGUACAUCCGCGGCAUCCGUCUGACCUACCGUAAUCUCUCAGGGCCCGAUCGCAGGCCGAUGCAACUCAGCCUACCGGCCUCGUAUCCGGAGUACAGACUCAGAGGCUUGAACCCCAACUCCACCUACACUGUGUGCGCCAGUCCGCUUGGCGCUCCAAAUGGCGUGGACAGCGUUUGCACCCAGGCGCAGACAACCGACGAAAAGAACGCCAGCGUCACCGGCGCACAGAUCGUGAACAAGAAGAUGACCACCAUGCUAGUGCCCGCAAUUGCCAUCCUGCUCUUGGUAGUUCUGAUAGCAACAGCGGUGGGCGUGGUUUGCUAUGUCCGCAGGAAGAGAGCUAAAGGCCACCUGGACCUGGAUCGCGAGCCCUCCCAGCUCGAGCUGGAUGGCGUAAAACCCGGCUUGGAUAACGGGGCGCUUCCUCAAAAACAGGCGCAACUCAUGAUCCCAGAACCUGCCGUUCAAAAUGGCAACCUGGAAUAUGAAGUGCUGCUACUGCAGGACCACUGUAUAUCAAGUAAAAACAUAUCAUCGCACAAACCUUCAUAUUUUUGACAUCAGACCAAGUAAGGAUUACCUAUACCAGCUUUGUCUGCCACUGACUAGUCUGUUGCUGUAUGACAAACAACAGAGUAACAGUCACACAUUGUGGAAAUCGGUUAAUGGUCCAUUUAACCGUAUUUGGACUUUGACUCCAUGUAUGUGACAUUAAAAUCACAUUGCUGAACUGCUAACGCUCCUAUGCUAUGCAUAAGAUAGGCAGCGGUGGGGUGAAGGCCAAGUAAUGCUGGGAGAGAUGCUGGAUUUACAUUGGUUGAAAUCUAUGUUCAUUCAGGAGUCUGCACUAAAUUGCUGUAAUGCCACAUUUUUCCUGAAACAGGGAUUUGUGCCUGUCGUGAACUCCUUGGCUGACAUUAACAGUGAUAGACAAACAAGAAAAAUGAACUGUUUUUCCUUUGACUACAUAGUACCUUGGCUACAUUACCUCUUACAACACUCAAACUAAGGAAAUACAUCAACAAACUUCCUAUUGUUCUAAUGGCUUGAAUGCUAUUUCAUAAUGUUAUAUAGCUCAAUGUCAAUAAAACAUGAUCAUUCAAUCCAACAACAGAACAAAUGUGAACAGGGCCCUGGUGCGAUGAGUAAAAACGGGACCCACGAGUGGCCCAUCCAACGGGGUUGGGUUGCCGGUUGAGAAUUAUUUGUGGCGCCUCUGCAAGAUGAUUGUUUAAAGUGUGUGUGUAGGAGCAAGGCCCUCUCGUAAUGUAAAAUUAGUCAUGGGCCCUCCAGACAACCAGAUAUUUUAAAGGAACCAUGGACAGAAAGAGUAAAACAAUAAAUGCUAUCAUGAGUUAUAAUAAUUUGAUAUUCAAACCCCUCUUAAUGCUUUCGUUUUUAUAAAAUUUCAAAAAUUUUGUUUCACUAUUAGGUCGCCAUUGUUGUUGACGACGCAAUGCACGCUGGGCGGUGACGUCACUGGGCAGCGCAGCCGUAGUUCCACAGUGUCACUCGCUAGCUACAUAAACAUGUCGUCGGUUCUGCCCUUCCAAUUUGAACCUGAGCGGAAAAUGACGAGGACAGCACUCUCGAUAUUUCACAAAAUGAGCAGCAAAAGCAAUUAAAUCAAGGUCUCCAGCGGGAUUCGAAUUCACGUUUCCCGUGCGACAGAUGAAUGCAUGGACCGCAUGACUACUUCCGCGUGACCUUAGAGUCAUGAUUUUCCUUUUAAAGCAAUCGCAACCCACAUAAGUUGUCUGUCUGUGCAGUAAAACCUGAGAUGGAAAUGCAACUGAAAAGAAAGUGUGGCUGCUUUGACAGCUGAAUUAGAAAACGCGGCUCAUUUCAGACAACAAUAACGUAGGGAUUGGGUAAAAGGGUUUAUUGAACACUCAAAAAAAGGAUCCGUAAUCAAAGUCGGGAUCCCAAAAAAACCAAAAACAAGGGCAAACCGUGGUGAAAGGCAGACGAACGAAAAAAAAACAUGGCAAUGAUGCAACUAGCAACGAAGGGAUAUACAAACUGUCAAAUGGCAGCAGGUCAAAAUCUCGGCAAGCCGCCUAGGAUUGGUUUCAAGACACUGCUGAUGAGCUGCAAUUGGAUACAGGUACCACGUUGGGAACUCAUCCCACAUCUCUGUAACACAAAAAUCUGACCAGCAGCAGAAUGUGACAGUCGUCAUACUUGCUUCGCUUGCUAGCUAGCACAGCUAUUCUCCCAUUCCUGCCCAACCGCGUCAUCACCCCAGCGUGCAUUGCGCUCGUAAAACAUGGCGCCCUCCGUAGUCCAAAACAUUUGCCUGGCACAGCCAGACUAUUCUCCCUGUAUUUUUCAAACACUGUGAGAAAUAGUCUAGGACCCAGCCCAUUAACUGCCUCUCGAGCAAGGUACAAAAUCAACCGUCCAAUCAGAUUCGUUUAUUUGCGUGACGUGUUCUUAACGAGUAAUGUCACUCUUGCGUGCCGAAAGUCGUCUCUACAACAACACAGAUGGCGAACGGGAGAGCCGAGAAUAUGUUCCAAUCUGCGGUAAAACCAGUUUUAGAUGACCAAAAACACAUCGAAAAAAGUCAACAUGGCUCGCGCUAGCCAUGUUGAAUAAACUUCUCCAUUCUCCGCUCACGCAAAUUGCUUGUCGCUUUAACAACGUAACUUCUGCACGUCGCUGAUUGGGCCGCUCCGCUCUCGGAAUUUGAUCCGCCGGACGGUCACCAGACUCAAUCGCUGGAACAGCGGUGAGUCUGGUAUACCAGGCAACCAAAACAUGUACUAAAUAUUAUAGAUUUUUAAAUCAAUAGCAUUAAUAUACCGUAUUGGCCCGAAUAUAAGACGGCCCUGAUUAUAAGACGACCCCCUCUUUUUCAAGACUCAAGUUUGAAAAAAGACUUUUUGAACACCAAAUUAAUUUUUAUACAGAAAAUAAUUACAUUUGAAACAAAUGAUUAUAACAAUAUAUUGGAGAGAAAAAGCAUUUUAUUUUGCCCCAUUCAAAUCUUCAUAUCUGAACAUUUAGAUAUGUAAACUAAAGUGCAGGCAUAUUCGUAAAUGAAAUGCUUCUGGUUUUUGAAAUGUAAAUAAACCAAUCUAUUGUGAUAAAACAUCAAAAUUGCAAUAACUGCAUUAACCAUCAAAGUGAAGUCUAACUGUAGUCUUGAAACAAAUCUGAAUAAGGAAAAAUAUUGCAAUAAAAUAAUGCAAACUGGUUAAACUUGAGAGUAGCUGAGAUCUGUCAUGACAGAACAUUGCUUCAGUGAUAUCUGGCGCCAUCAAGCAUCGUGAAUGGCUAUAACGUCUAGACCGCGAAUAUAAGACGACCCCCACUUUUUCGGUCUUAUUUCAAUGCAAAAAACACCGUCUUAUAUUCAGGCCAAUAUGGUAUGUGUUUCUAAUAACAUUUUAGUGAAACAGAACAAUUGUGGCUUAUUAAAGCCUACAAGUCUUUAAGUCCAAAGUUCCCUCGAACACUAAAUUACAGCUCCGCACACCAUCUUACCUUUCUGUUUGACCCUCCCGUCGCCCAACCACACCCCUUUACGCCUGCAAACCAGGCCCCCUUGAGGCCUGGGCCCGGGUGCAACUGCACCCAGCCAUCCCAUGUCAAAUAGAUUUGAUUUCUAUCACUGUCAAUGACAAUGAAUGAGUUUUAAGGAGGUAAUGAAGUUGCGCAGACAAGACUGCUCAUUGCUUUACUGUCCGCAAAGACGUGUCUUAACUAAGUCGACCUAGACUACAGCAAUACUGGGCGGAAGACUGUAACAUGGGCAGGUUAAUGUAGCAAAAACCUACACAGGCCAUGUCGUUUGGCACUAAAACAAAUGCUAAUUUUGUAUAUAGGUUUGACGCUUUUUUUUUCUACAGUGCAACGUUGUGACUGCUAACAGCCUUUUUUUUUUUAUACCUACUCAGUCACCUCUUGUGACUAAUGGACGGAGUUAAAACUUUUGAAGAUUAGAAAUGGUUUGGUACCAGCACGGUCAAUCAAAGAGCUUUUCGGCCCCCACGGUGUCAGACAGUCUAAGUAGAUGCGAGUCUGCAAAUACUCAAGACUAACUAAAUCCCCUUUUGCAACAUUUGGGCCGUCACAAAAGGGGGAAGUAAUCGGGAUUACGAGCAGGUACGCAAGAAAGCAGUUGACUGAACCCCUUCUGUUUUAGCUGCAGCUUAGUGCUUGCCUCAAUUACAUUAAACGCAUGUUCAAAUCACCUCGAAAUACAGUGACUUUUAUUUAUUAUUUAUUCUCAGCAUAAGGGAAAUGCAGUGUUUAACCCUCAAUUACUGUUCAUUUAGAAGAUAAUUCAUGUGGCUGGCGGAUUGUGUAAAACUAGUUGGAGAUGAUUUUACACCUAAUGUGAAUUAAAACCCAUACUGGGUAUGUUUACAUGGACAAAAUUAUGAUCGGAUGCACUGUGUUCAUAGACACUAAAAAUAUUGAUCCGAUUAGCUACCGGGAAUAACAAACGCAUAUAGUGACGUCACAUGUUAGGACGGCUUAUUCCAAAAUUUUGGAAUAAAGUGUUUUCAUGAGCGCCGCUCGAAUUAUCAAUUGGCAUGAACAACCCCUCUCAAUCGGAAUAGAAUCUUGAAUGGAAUGUGCUGGAUCUGUUACGAUCUAUAAAUGCGGAAAACAAGGUUGGACCCCAAGUAGACAACGAGGGAUGCGUUCAAAAGAUUAAUUAAAUGCAACAAAAACAUGCGAUCAAAAAACAGGGAUAUAACAAAAAAGGUCCGUGACAGCAGGUCGACGGCGAUCAGAAAAACUAACCCGAGGGUAAACUAAGGUGGUAGGCAAAUAAGGCAACAAAACAAACUAACCCAAAACCACUCAAAUACCUGCAAAAGGUAGAGGAUACCAAAACAAGGCAGUAAACAUACAAACCCACGUAGAGGUGAUACUUACUAGAGCUGGGAAUCUUUGGGCACCUAACGAUUCGAUUACGAUUACGAUUCAGAGGCUCCGAUUCGAUUAUAAAACGAUUAUUGAUGCACCCCCCUCCUUUUUUUUUUUUUUUUUUAAUAAAUGUUUUGUACAUUAGUUCCAAAAUUGUUCAAAAAUACUAUUUCAGUAUGAAGUUAACAUAUAGCAGUAAAUAAAAUCUACAAAAAUAACAGUAAAUAAAAAAAUUCCAGUCCCCAUUCUGUAUCAGCAGCCUUAAACUACAUUCAAUUAAUUUAAUGUUGUGAAUCAACCGUUAAAGUUGUUAAAAUUGCUCCCGUUAUUCCAUAUUUUCCCUUUUGUCUACUUUCGACAUGUGAAAAUUUUAAAACUAUUUUAAAGAUAGAUUCAAGUCAAUAUUUUACCGAUUUAGGAGUAUUUUAGAAAAAAAGUUAAUUUGGUUUGCUUGGAAGGUUCGCUACAACAGCCUUGCUGGGAAGUGUACUGCUUUAAGAUGGCGGCCGUUUACUAACGCCCGCAUCUAGCUUUUUGUAGGUGUGCUGCUAACGCUACCUAAUCUAUGUUGCAUCUAGUCCUAUAUAAAUGAUAUCUAGCGUAACAUUAUGUGGAUAUACUUUCUGUAGCAGCUUUUCGGCAGCAGUCAGGGAUGUUGUUGUGUUUUUUUAUCUCGUGGCAUGAGUUGAGCUAGAGCCGUGAGUUGAGCAGUGGCAUUACCCGAGGGGCCGGGUAAUGACAAGCAUGACGUUUAGCUACUCUCGCUUCGUUCCUCAUUGACCGCGCGGCGCGCUGAGAGUGUUGUACUUCCGCUUUACUUGGCAUAUUUCAAUAAUCGGAAUUUGGAUGUUUGUGAAUUGUUCUCGAAUCUUUCACGGCCGAAUCGCGAAUAAUCUAAGAAUCGGAAAUUUUGCACACCUCUAAUACUUACUAAAUGCGAAUGACAGGCUCCAGAUUUCAAAACAUCCAAUGGCGACCAGCAAGGUAAUAUCUCUGCAACCCAUCCUUGGGUCGCCUGAGUUUAAAUAUACCACUGAUGAAACUGAGCCAAUCUAACCAGCAGCCGAAAUGUGACAGGAUCAGUUUAGAAUAUUCCAAUUCCUGUGUGUACAUGAAGCAUUUUUGUUCCGACCAGGCUUUUAAUCUAAAUAAAAGUGUCCAUGUAAACAUACCUACAGUUUAGGGGAAUAACCUUACAUAGUGGGGUCUUUAAACAUGAGAAGGGCAAGCAAACCCAACUAAAAUUAUGUACAGUACAAUAUGUGCAGGGGCUAGAUCUGUCAACAUCAUCGCAUAUGAGCCGUCAUGUUGGGACUUGCGCUACCAGUCCCCCCUCUUUGUAUGCGCCCCUAUGUCUAUGUCUCGAGUUCAUUACAUCCCAGACUCUUCUAUCAACACAUCUGUGAAUGUCUAUUACCAGCAGUGUUUUUAGUCAACUGUCCCGCACAAAGAAUGCAUUGACACUCCAACCAAAUACAAGAAGAAAAAGCAACACAACUGGAAUAUACACUGCUCAAAAAACAUAAAGGGAACACGAACGUAACACAUUGUAGAUAUAAAUAAAUGAAAUAUUUUAUUAAAUACAGUCCCUGACAAAAGUCUUGUCGCUUAUCCAUUUUGUAGAAACAAUUGCUAAUAACCUGACUUUUAAUAAUUGAAUUGGUUUUAGAAAUGUCUCAUAUGAAAGCUAAGGCCCUCCCAAAUGAUGUUGAAUGUACAAAAAUAUAUUUAUU